AUGUCCCAGAAUUUCGUUGCUGAACUUCCGCUCUCUUCCUCGGAAAUAAUCUUUCCAGCUUCUCCGCUUUACGAAAGAGAGAGUUGCACUUGGGCGGCCCAGAAAGACUUGAAGCCCAAGAUCAUCGCUCGGCCCAGCACGGUUUCGUCUCUGGCAGCUUUGCUUUCUUUCUUAACACAUUCUAAUCUGGAUUGGGCGGUCCGAUGUACUGGGGUGGGGUCCUCAUCUGCCAGCGAUGUGCUGAUCUCGGUGUCUGCUUUCGAUAAAUUCGAAUACAACGCAGAAGACCAGACGGUGGUUAUUGGUGCUGGGCAAACCUGGGGAGAAGUAGAUCGAAAAGUUGAGGAAAAUGCCCCUGGCCAUGCUGUGGUUGGCACUCGUUGCGCAUUCGUCGGCGUUGGCGGCUCCAUACUCGCAGGCGGAAUAUCUUGGCUAUCCUCUGAGAAAGGUCUCGCUGCUGACCCGCACAAUAUGCUAGACGCAAAGGUCGUCUUGACUGACGGCAGGAUUUUGUGGGCGUCCACUGAGCCGGAAUUACUUUGGGCAUUGAGAGGUGGCGGUGGCAGUUUUGGAGAUACAGUAUUGGUAGAGGUCAAACUGCGAGUUUACCCCUACCCGAACAAAAUCUAUUCUGGCACAAUAUCCUAUCCAAGGGAGGCAUUUUCUGUCGUUGCAAAGGCCAUUUCAAGAUUUACCUCGGAGUGCAAGGAUCCGAAGAUGGCAAUGCACAUCUUCGCCCUCGACCUUAGCCUAGGUCACUAUGUGGGGGACACUCCAAAACCGGGUAUUGGUCUUCAGGUCUUUGAUGCACAUGGAGAAACACACGGGAGAGGUACAGAGGGAUUCGGUUGGGCUUUGGAUAUUGAAGGCGCCAUUGAUGAAACGAGUUCCAUGACAAUUCGACAGUGUAACCAAAUUUGGGAUGGUAUCCAAGCUGCCAAAGGGAAAACUGCAAGCUUCCAGUCUUGUAUCCUCAUUCCUAACGUUGAUGAACAACUCCUUUCGAAGGCGUGGCACUGGAUUGAGAGUUUGACCCUGAAGGACCCAUCUCUUUCUCUUGGUGGGACUUUUUUCUUGAUUGAAUUUAUGCAGAAGCCAGCUUUUCAUUCGGUAGAUCCGAUACUGCGAGCCUGGCCGGGCACGCUCGGUCAGUCUAUUUUGCAGAUUGGGACUGGUGCUCCAUCCAAUCUCAAAGAGAGCAGAGAGUUGGCCUACAGAGAGAUCAGAGCGGCACCGUCCUUUAUAUGUGGACACGAUGAACGAGGUGAAUUGGAUUACUUCACUCAUUCACUUGAGAAGUUCAAUGAUCCAAGAAAGAUAUAUGCCGGGAACUUUGAGAAGCUACAGGAGAUCAAGCGGCGAUAUGAUCCCCAUGGUGGCCUGAAAGGACCGUUUUGGAUUUGA